AUGAUGAUGUUUCAGAAAUGUUGGAUGAUAGUUAAAGGUGAUGUGAUCAAAUUUAUGGAGGUAUUCCAUCAAAAUUCAAAAUUGGUUCAUGGACUCAACAAUUCUUUUGUGACUUUGAUUCCAAAAUCUGAUAAUCAUACUUGCCUUAAUGAUUUCAGGCCUAUUAGUCUAAUAGGUUGCUUGUAUAAAAUUCUUGCCAAAGUUCCUUCAAACAGGAUAAAGCAAGUUAUGCCAAGUAUUAUUAGUGAAUCUCAAUCAGCAUUUGUUGGGGCAAAAAUUUCUAUCUUGGUAAAUGGUUCGCCCAUAUCUGAGUUUAUUCCGGUGAGAGGAUUGCGACAAGGGGAUCCAUUAUCACCAUUUUUGUUUAAUAUUGUGGCUGAGGGUCUCAAUAUUCUGUUGUUGAGAGCUCCGCAGAGGGGGUUGAUUAAAGGGGUUGUGGUACGAUCAAAUGAUGUUAGGAUCACCCAUCUCCAAUUUCCAGAUGACACAAUCUUAUUUUGUGAGGCAGAAUGGGAGGAGAUUGUUGCGAUCAAAAAGAUUCUGAGGCGUUUUGAAGUAUUAUCUGAGCUAAAGAUUAAUUAUCAUAAGAGUGUGGUAUGUGGGGUUGGGAUUGAUGAUGAUCUUUCUAAGGAGUUUGCUUCCAAAUUGAAUUGCCCUCACCAAAGUCUGCCACUCAAAUACUUGGGACUACCAUUAGGAGCUACUCCAACAAAAAGGAGGAUAUGGCAACCAUGGAGGUUUGGUUCUGAAGAUGGUGUCUUGUGGAAGCAGGUGAUUUGUAGUAAAUACAGUGAGAGUGGUAAGGGUUGGUGGCCAUUACUUGUGGUUAACUCCAGAUCUUCCCAGAUCUGGAAAGGUAUUAUGGGUGUAGCCUGGUUUAGGCCUGAGCUGGUUGACUUCUUUAAGAGCAAGAUAAGUAAAGUUAUUGGGGAUGGAAGGAGAGCUCAAUUUUGGGAGGAUCAUUGGGUUCGCAAUGUCUACUUGAAAGAGGAGUUUCCUAGACUGUACUCCUUAUCAGUGGAUAAAGCUAAAUUUGUGAAUUUGGUACUCAGUAGGAGGUUUGGUUUUGAAGAGGGCAAUCUAUGCUUCAGAAGCGCUAUGUACCAGUGGGAAGGUAAGGAUUUGAGGAGGUUAUAUGAGAUGGUUUACAAUACACCUGCUCUUAGGGUAGGGAUAUCUGAUAGGUUGAAAUGGGCCGCAGAUACAUCAGGGCUCUUCUCUGUUGCCUUUGUUUAUAAGGGGUGUGAGUUGAGUCAUGUUAGUAAUAGUAGAAUAGUAGAUUUCAUUUGGAAGAAUGUCUCUCCACCCAAAGUUUAG